CUCUCCUCAGAUGAUCAGUCACAAUGGUGAAGAACAGAGCGGUGCCUGCGGGCCGUCAUGAGCAUUGUGACAAGUGUUUCAACAUCCACUGUCAGUUCCCCGUGCACGUUUCCUUCUCAUGCAUGAUCAUCAAGUGUCGUAAAAACUGCGGCGCCACCUUCCACAUGUGCAAACAAGAGGAGCACCAGCUCCUCUGUCCAAAUGAGACAGUCUCCUGCCUUAAUGUUUCUUACGGCUGUCCUCUCAGCAUGCUGCGCCACAAGCAGGCCAAACACCUGGAGGUGUGUCCUGCCAGCGUGGUCUGCUGCUCGCAAGAGUGGAACCGUUGGCCUGUAUCAGAAACUGAUCUGACCUUCUACAGAAAUGUGUCAGAAAGCCUUCAAACUGAGGUGAACCUUGAUGUUUCUAUGGCUCUCAGGGACCAAGAGCUGCUGUUUCGAUCCAUCAAAAUGAAGAACAUUUUCCCCGAGUUGAUGGUACAAGAUAUUUCUGAUGUGGUUGACAGUCCUGCAGCAGAAGAAGAAGCAGCAUGCUCUCCAGUUUGUAGUGAGGUUACAGGAAAUGGAUGCACACAGAUGGAGGACAAAGAACAGAGCCAAGAGGAGAGAGAUGCUCUGGCAAUGUGUAGAAAUGUAGAAAAUAUUCAGAGCUACAACACCUGGGAGAAAAUGUUCAAUAAGGAGAAGGAGGGGUGCAAGCAAACGGUCAAAAACCUGAACAAGAGAGAGGAAAAAGAAAAGGGGCAGGGAGAAUCAUCAAACUGUCGGGCAGAGAUAAGAGAGCCACAUGUGAGCCAAGAGAAGACUGCUCAAAGCAUGGAUGGUGCAACUGGCCUCGCUCCAUGGCAGGACGGGGUUCUUGAGAGGCUAGGAAAGGAGGUCAACGUUGCCGAAUACAACAUGUAUCUGGUUCACAACGGGGCGAUGCUGAUUAACUUUGGCCAACUACCUGCUUGCACUCCGAGAGAGAAGGAUUUUGUUUAUGGGAAGCUGGAGCCAAUCAAGGUUGAAACUGUCCGCACGUUUAACGUUCCUACCAGCUAUCGAGCAAAACGCUGCUGCAUCAAAGAUCCCUCAUGGAAGACCAAGACCACGCACCAGAGCGUUGACACUGCAGAUCUGGGUGUAUCAGAAGAGGAUCUACCAAAGUGUGACGAGGUUAACACCACACUCCUCUGCUCAUUGGAAAAGGAACUGAAGGGACAUUUAAUCUCAGAGGGCUCGUCGGUCGAUGGUCAUUAUAUCGACGUUGGAACACAAACUUACAGCUUCGAUUCUGCUCCGUUCCAAACAGACGCCUCACUCGCUGAUGUCAUCGCAGACAAACCUCCCGGUCUUUAUGUACACGUGGAAGCAGAAUCUGUCACCAGGCGCCACAACAAGACAAGUUCAGCCUUCAGCUACAUGUGUGGCCACUUCUUUCGCCGGGAUGAAUACCGCUCUCAUUUCAAGAAUGUGCACUCUGACAUACAGGCCUCUCUCAGCGGCUGGUUCCAACAACGUUGCCCUUUAGCAUACCUCGGCUGCACUUUCACUCAGGCCAGGUUUCACCCUGCAGGUCACCCAGCAACAAUCAAAUUCUGUCAAGAUGUCAGCACCUUUGUCCUCCAGCCUGAUGCCCCUUCAUUCCUCUGCAAAGGAGGUAAAACCUUCAGCCCUCAGAGAAACGCUGAACAUAAUCGGGAUCCCUUGAGCAGCCUGCCCCUGGAGAUCCUGCAGCACAUUGCUGCUUACCUCGACAGUUUUACAUUAUUUCAGCUGUCCAAGGUCUCCCGUCUGAUGAGGGAGGUGUGUGCCACACUGUUGCAGGAGAGAGGGAUGGUUUCCCUGAAAUGGAAGAAAAAGACAUACUCCCAUGGGGGUAGCUCCUGGAGAUGUCGAGAGAAAGUUUGGGAGUUCAGCUCUCUGUUCUCCUCUGUGGACAGAUGGUGCUUCAGAGACACUCCUUCCAUGUCAGAGCACCUGAAAAGCUGCUCCUUCUACCAGAGAGAGGAGCACACCGAGCCAGUGGCUUUAGCCUGCCUGGGAGAGGUCACGGACAAGUAUACAGCAGGGAAGAAUAAAAGAUAAUGCUCAUGCGGUCUCAGAGCUCAGCGGGCAGACAACAACACCAGCAAUGCCAUGUUAAGAAGCACUCAGAUGUGAGAUGUAUGCACCCACAGAACUGUACUGAGGAUAAAGGGCCUGUUAUUUCAGCUGGUGUACAGACUCUGAAGGGGAAACUGUGUGCUGCAGCCAGACUCUGAGAUGGUUUCUGCAAGUGACAGAUUAACUUUGGCAUCAACUACAGCCUCAGAGGAUUUUAAUGUGAUUUAUUUAACCUCCUUGAAAUGCCUGAGUGGGAGGAAUGCUUUAGGACGGUUUUGUUUAUGCUUUGUUUAUUGAGGAAAGAUGAAACUUAAACAAUCACUGCGAGGACACUAAAUCCUCUAAUUUAAUGAAACAGUGUGUGAGACGGGUCCUCAUAUUGUGUUUUAUCAGACUAGCUGCUUUUGUUUGCCACACUGAGCUGACGAGUGUUGUUUGUUUCAUCAUGUUUCAUUGUUAUGGUGCAAAGCAUUAGUGCAAGUCUGCUCUUGUUGACUGCUUUCAAAAUGGCAAGACUGACAUCUAGUGGGGGGAAAGUGGAAGUGCAGCACCUUUAUGAAGAACUAAAACAAAUCUGGUAUUUGAAUCAUGAAGAUUAUUCAACUACAUGUCAUAGUUAACAAGUAAAUGUGUGAUGUUUUGCAAACUCUUGAUACUAUAUUGCUAUAUUUUAGUCUUCUUUAAGGUUAGAUAAGAAGACUGUCAUGAAUGUGUGUCACUGCCUUUAUGUUAACUCUAUUUUACAGCGUCACAAACAGAGGAAUAAAAAAUGUCAAAUCUAA